AUGAUUGCUCGCGAGGUGAGAGGUGAAAUAAGUGAAAAUGGACCCGAUGCCAAUCAUCCUGUCAUUCGAACACUGUACGAUCACCUUGAUGAAGUCACUGUUGUCACGUUCCAUCCUCGCGAACAAAUCCUGGUGUCCGGUUCCACCGAUAAAACUGUUAAGCUUUUUGAUUUCUCCAAAACUGCUGUGAAAAGAGCGAUGAAAACUCUAUCAGAAGUGUUCCCGGUAAGAGCUCUGUCAUUUCAUCCUGGUGGAGAGUUUCUGCUAGUCACUACCGAUCAUCCUACUAUCCGCCUUUACAAUGUAGAGACAGCUCAGUGUUUCGUAUGUUCUGCUCCAGGUGACCAACACAAGGAUGUUGUUAUGGAUGUGAAUUACUCGGAUAACGCGCGUCUUUACGUUACUGGAUCAAAGGACGGUGACGUUAAAGUAUGGGACGGGAUCUCGAAUAGAUGUGUGGAAACCUUCAGCCGAGCCCAUGACGGUGCUGCUAUUUGCUCAGCGAAAUUUACCAGAAAUGGAAAGUACAUAUUAACUAGCGGAAUGGAUAGUAUCGUCAAAUUAUGGGAGUUGUCCACGAAUCGCUGCCUUAUCGCGUAUACUGGUGCAGGAGCUACUGGCAGACAAGAGUUCCCCGUAAAGGCCACAUUCAAUCAUAACGAGGACUACGGUCAUACUGCUGCUACUCGCGUCUUCGUCCAUUCGAACAGGUUCCUGCCUUUUUGA